AUGGAGGGCAGAGAUCUUUCGCCACCACGCGUGGACACAUCUCGACCGUCCCUGGGCUUCCCUUUGGGAACUGCACUAUUGUUGAUAAUAAUCUUCAGCUUGAGUGGCAUAUUCUCCUGCUGCUACCACUGGGACAAGUUCCGCUCAUUCCGUCAAUCUUUCUCCGAUUCCCACGAUGGACACUCUCACACCCAAUCCUCACCCUCCAAGUCCAAGUUUGAUUCCACGGAAUUCAAGCAAAGCAAGGACCAGACCAGCUUGCCGGUGUUGAUGCCUGGGAAUGAGGUACCCACUUUCAUAGCCAUGCCUUGCCCGUGCCAGCCGUCACGGCCGGAGAAGAUCAUUGUCACCGUGGAUAAGCCACCGCCAAAACCACCGCGACUGCCGGUGCCUUUGUAUUAA